AUUGAAGGUUGAAAAGGAAAGUCAGUCAGGUGCCGAGUCCAGCCUCCUGAGAUUGGCCGGUAACCUAGCAACGCAGGCACCGCCGAAUUAACCGUGGGCAGAGAGACCUGGACGCUUCAGAGCAGGGUUGCCACGGAAGUGAGAGGGGGAGACCCACACUGUCCACCAGAGCCUCAACCUCCCAGUGUGUACGAAGGCAAAGGAAGCCGGGCACAGAAUGGCUUUGGACAUCCUCGCCGUGGCCGCUCUCUACCAAGGCCCCGACAUUAACCGAAUAAGGCUGAUGACCGAGGCAUCCAAAGCCCCGGUCUCCCCGCUAAAACCCUUGGUCCCCUCCAAGACCAAACUCACCACCAUCGAGACCAAGAGGAUCAUGUCUGUGCUGGACGAGGCCAUCCGCAAGGUGGAAAUGGUGACCCUGCUGUCAUACGUGGCAUCCAACGAGGAGAGUCUGGAGGGGAUGCUGGGAGAGGACAUCAUGCAGGCAGUGAGAGACCACGAGGAGCUCUGCAAGACCCUCCUGGACAGCACGGAGGGCCUGAAGGAUGCCCAGAGACAGCUGCAGGAGGCGGAGGCCGAGGCCGAGGAGGAAGGGUGGUUCAAAGACCUCCUGCUCACCACCGAGCAGCAGAAAGCCAGCCUCCCGCCACUCAGGCAGCAGAUCAAAGACUCCACCAAGAACGUCCUGAGACUCUUGCUCACCAGUCCCCAGGCUGCCAAGGUCCUGCAGAUGCAGAAGCUGGGCAGAAGGGCAGAAGCCCAGCUUUUUAUCGAUGGCCUGAUAGAACUCCGGGGGUUCCUGUUUGAAAAGCUGCUCACCAGCCCCAUGGAAGCAAGGGAAAAGGCCCAGUUCCUACAGGACAUCAGUAGACAGAAUAAGAGGAACCAAGAAAUCAUCAAAGCUCUUGAAAAUGAGUUGUCAGCAAGCAUCAAAAACAGGAAUACAGAGGUGGAGAAGGAGAACUUCGUGAUCCAAGAACUGAAAAACCACCUGCACCAGGUGCUCAAGUUCUCGGAGCACAGCCUCCGCCGCACCAAGCAGGAGGCCGAGAAGCAGCAGAAGGCGGACUUCCGGGCCUCGCAGGCCAGAGUGGCCAAGAUCCAGCAGGAGAUCCUGCUGCUGCGGUCGCAGUACCACAGCCUGGUCAUGGAGAACCGCGAGCUGGAAUAUGCACUGCGGAAGAAGAAAUAUAAAGUGGAGACAGAAAUAGAGAACUGGAUCCAGAAAUACGACACAGAGAUGGGUGAAAAGCAGGCAGAGUAUGAGGAGCUGGAGAUCAUCCACAAUGAGGAGAAGGUCCAGCUGGAGGAGCUGAAGCAGAGGCACGACGUGCUGGAGGAGGAGUUCUCCCAGAUCCGGGCCGAGCGGGAGAUCAGCUCCAAGAGGAGGAUGGAGGCCGAGCAGGAGAUGCUGAUGAUGGUGCGGGCCGCCACCAUCAUCCAGGCCAUGUGGAAGGGCUACCUGGUCCGCUCCAUGCUCAAGUCCAAGAAGAAGAAGCGGGGCAAGGGCAAGGCGAAGGACAAGGCGAAGGGCAAGGCAAAGGACAAGGCGAAGGGCAAGGCAAAGGGCAAGGAGAAGGGCACGGAGAAGGGCGAGAAGGGCAAGGAGAAGGGCAAGAAGGGCAAGGAGAAGGGCAGGGACAAGAAAUGAGCCCUCGACACUAGAGUACAGCUCCGGCUCCAGGCACUGCUGCUCACUGUCCCCACCUCCACCCCCAGAGAUCAGGCCAGGAAGCCGCCAGAAAGGAGGCUCUGCUACUCCUGGCUUUAUACCAUUUGGUAAAAUUAAAAGACUCUAAACCUCAUCCAAAGGCUUACUCUACAGAUAUACCUUGCUUUACCCAGGGCUCCUGGCAGGGUACCCACACGUGCUCGAGGAUGCCCGGCUUCCAUGAGAGAGAGUGCAGGCUGGGGUGUCAGAGCAUGACUUGCUGCUCCUACUUUGGCCUAGGUGGGGAGAACCAGACCGGGGGCUGCAACCCCCCUCUGCCCUGGACCACUAUGGACAUGUCACUGGCCAGGGUGGUGGGAUGGAGGUCACAGCUGCCAGCAGAGGUACUGGGCAGGCAGAAAGCUCCUGGGCAGGGCCUCAGGGAUUAUCUUCUCGCCUAUAACCUUAUACCAUCUGGGACUCUGAAAGCUCAGGAGGAGUCCAGAGGUUGUAAACCAGUAGCCUCACACUGGCUUUCUUUAGUGCCCAGCUAGUGGAACCAUUUUUUAAAAUGAGCUGCUGGCAUUUAAAGAAUCAGAGCCAUCUCAAAGGAAUCUAGCCGCCUUUCUCUGGAAAAAUCCAAUCAUUCAGACACCCUGGGCCUUGUACUCCUGCAGGCAACAGUUGUCUCCCAGAACUGGGCAGCAGCACUUAGCUGUUUUAGAGGGGCCAUGGACCCUGCAGGUUGCCCCAGGUCCCCCACGGUCUUGCAGGUCCCCCACGGUCUCGCAGACCCCAAGGCCCCUUGUCAGUUGCCCCUGAGCAUCACCCUCAGGCUGCUGUUCCUCCUUUCCUAUAGCUUGGAGGAAAGACACGUGUUUCCAGCCCAUGUCAAUCAUAAUGGGAGGGAGGGGCUAAUUAUUUGUGGAAGUGACAUCCUACAUCUGUGCUCAAAGAAGCCACCUGGCCUGCUUUCCUCACAGCCCACCUGACCCCUGCAGGCGCUCACAGACAUGAUGCUGAUCCGCCCGCCUGCUCCCCAGCCCUGUCCGUUACUCCCUCCUCCCCCCUUCUCUAAGACAGAGGCGCAGAACCAAAGAUGUAGCUUCCAACCUGGCUCCCUGGCAUCUAGUGUUUCCCGGACGUGACUCGGGGGUGGCAAAGAGAGGCCCCAAGCCCAGCCCCCGACCCAAAUCAACCAGGACAGGAUGCUGGUUUUCUAGACACAACUCCAUUUGAGCAAAGGCUUUGCUGUUUUUCUUACGUGACCCAACUCAGGGUCGUGCAGCCAACAGGCAGUAAGCGGGAGGCAAAGACAGUGCCGUAAUCCUGGCAUUGCUUUUCGAAAGGGUAACAAAUGUAUACAUGUACAUAUAACUUAAAAAUCAAACAAAAAAAGCUACAAUCCAUAUUCUGAGCUCAGGUUACCUGCCAGUUCUGGGCAUGAGCUGGAAACCGAUGGGAGUGGUAGUCCGGUGUUGCUUGAGGCUGACGUUCCCAAACCACAGUUGCUUGCUCGCCACUGUCAUGCUCUUGGCCACCUCCUGGUGCUACCUGUUGUGUUAUUUAACGUUCCUAUUAAAUGUCUCAGGCCUAACGUUGGCCAUAUCCUAAAGGGAAAAUAAUCAGUAAAAUCAAGGCUUUGCUGA